UCCGGGCGCCGCGCGGACUGGAGCCCGAUCCCGCGCUGCUGCUGUCCGGAGGCGGCGGUGCGCUGGGCUGCCGUGUGUGUCCUGCACCAUGGGCGAGGCGGACGGGCUGCGACAGCGCAGGCCACUGCGGCCGCAGGUGGUCACGGACGAGGGCCAGGCCCCGGAGGCCAAGGACGGAAGCUCCUUCAGCGGCAGAGUCUUCCGAGUGACCUUCCUCAUGCUGGCGGCUUCGCUCACCGUGCCCCUGCUCGGUGCCAUGAUGCUGCUGGAGUCUCCCAUAGAGCCGCAGCCUCUCAGCUUCAAAGAACCCCCUUUCUUUCUUGGUGUUCUGCAACCAAAUACGAAGUUGCGACAGGCGGAAAGGCUAUUUGAAAACCAGCUUAUUGGGCCAGAGUCCAUAGCCAAUAUUGGGGAUGUGAUGUUUACGGGAACAGCUGAUGGCCGGGUCAUCAAACUGGAGAAUGGGGAAAUUCAGACCAUCGCCCGGUUCGGGUCAGGGCCUUGCAAAACCCGAGAUGACGAGCCUGCAUGUGGGCGGCCUCUGGGCAUCCGAGCUGGCCCCAAUGGAACUCUCUUUGUCGCUGAUGCUUACAAGGGGCUAUUUGAAGUGAAUCCUUGGAAACGCGAAGUGAAGCUCCUGCUGUCCUCCGAGGUACCCAUCGAGGGCAAGAAGCUGUCCUUCAUCAAUGACCUGGCCAUCACCCGAGACGGGAGGAAGAUUUACUUCACGGAUUCCAGCAGCAAGUGGCAGCGGCGAGAUUACCUGCUUCUGGUCAUGGAGGGCACCGAGGACGGGCGCCUGCUGGAGUACGACACCGUGACCAAGGAAGUGAGGGUUCUCCUGGACCAGCUGCGCUUCCCUAAUGGAGUCCAGCUCUCUCCAGCAGAGGACUUUGUGCUUGUGGCCGAGACGACCAUGGCGAGGAUACGAAGAGUCUACGUGUCCGGCCUGAUGAAGGGAGGGGCUGAGUUGUUCGUGGAGAACAUGCCUGGAUUUCCAGACAACAUCCGGCCCAGCAGCACUGGCGGUUACUGGGUGGCCAUGUCUAGCAUUCGUCCCAACCCGGGAUUUUCCAUGUUGGACUUCUUAGCCGAGAGACCCUACAUCAAGAGAAUGAUUUUUAAGCUGUUCAGCCAGGAGACGGUGAUGAAGUUUGUACCGCGGUACAGCCUGGUCCUGGAGCUCAGUGACAGUGGGGCCUUCCGGAGAAGCCUGCACGACCCUGAUGGACUGGUGGCCACCUACGUCAGUGAGGCUCACGAGCAGGAUGGGCACCUGUACCUGGGUUCCUUCAGGUCCCCCUUCCUCUGCAGACUCAACCUCCAGGACGCAUAGCCGGACAGUCCAGCCCUGUGUGCUGGGCGGCAUCCUGCCUGGACCAGCUGGAGCCGGGGACACAGCUCUGCCCACUGUACCUGCCAGUCCUUGGAGGUUUGGCUGAUGCAACUCCCAAGGAUGUGUGGGCCCCCUAGGGCCUCCUCUCAUGGGGGCUUGGCUUUGGGUUUAGAGAGAAGUAUAAUAUAUCAGCCAGGGAAGGUAAAUCUGUGAGCCAUUUUCUGUUCUUUUUCUUAAAGCUUUCUUAGUGCAAUAACUGUGAGCUAGGAAUCAGUGUGCGCUUUAGCAGGCUCAGGGUUGGUAUAUGGAGCCAGAGGAGAGCUGCCCAGGACUACAGUGUCUUUAUUAGGAAAUGGGGUGAUACUUUUGGUGGGUUCAUGAGGAGGCAGAGCCUGGGUGUGAGCAUUUUGGGAGCUGUGUGAGCUGUGUCCCUGGGGACUGUGUGGGGUGUAUGCCCAGGGUCCUACGUGUUCCCUCCACGGUAGAGUGAGCAUUGCUCCCCCUUCCACCUGACACGCCAGAGAUUUUCAAGGCCUUUAACCCUGUGGUUAAGAUGCUGAGUGGGACAGCUGCACCCCGUAUUGUAGGGCCCAGGUUUGAGUCCCAGCUCUGCUCCCAAAGUUAGUGUCUUGCUGACAUGCCACCCGGGAGUCAGCACCCAUGUGGCAGACCUGAUUCAAUCCUUGGCUCCUGGCUUCAGCCAGAACUGUGGUGAGCAUUUGAGGAAGUGAAUCGGUAAAUAGAGGUGCUCUAUUUUUCUCUCUGUGUGUCUCAAAUAAAAUAAAUAAAAUAAUGUGAAGAGACUCCAGAGCGGGUGUCUAGAAAAGGCAAAGUGGCCAUUGGCUUAGAUGUCUUACUGGGUUUCUGUCUAUAGGACUUGGGUGACCUGGGGACUCAGCAGCUGCUGCAGGAGUGUGUUCAGGGUGUCCUAGGUCUCUUCUCUGUUCUGCACCUCUAGACCACAGAUGUGAGUAGCACACGUGUUAGUAUCCCGUUUGCUCUAAUGUUAAGAGUCCAAGUUGACGUGUACCUUGACAAAUGCGUCCAGACACUGGAAUUAAGUUUGAUAAUAAAACAUACUAUUAACAGGA